CAUCAGAUGGUUACUCACACUCACUUAAUCUUGGUUUCAUGCACAACCGUUGCUAGCCAGUCGUUGAACCUUUCUCAGUCGCUUGAACUUUGUUUUAGUGGCAAUUCCAUUGGCAUUUGGAGAUUUGCGACGUUCCAACUGGCGCCAAUUGUUCUUGGGUUCUUCGUUCAUUUGAUUUCGCGGUCACAACGCUUCAACCCGCCGCAUCACCAAUUAUCCACACCUCCGAGUCGUUUCAAAUCUCAAUAAAGUUUACCCGGUCAAUGGCAACUUCGCGCGCGUACCCUCCUCCAGUCAAUCUAAAGGAACGUAUUGCUGCCCUCCAGCAGAGGAAUGUCUCCCCAAGUCAACAGCAAUUCGCUUCAAAGAACCUCCCGAGUAGUGGAACCGGAUGUUUGCGCGACAAAAUCGCUAAAUUUGAGGAGAAGGGAGGCGUCCCUGUCCCACGAGGCAGCUUCGCAAUGGGUGCGCCUCAGUUGGCAGAAAACGCACCGGCAAAGAAGCGUGGAGAGUUGUAUGGGAAUCGAGUGGGGAGGCCAGGCGGCUCGCCAUCGAGUCGCUCUGGCUCACCUCUCCCCCCAGCGGACGACUCACCCUUGCCAAGGAAACGUUGUGUCUCUACCGGGGGUACACUCUUGAAAGGCACUCCUCCGAGAUUCAAAACGGGGGUGCCUAUUCCACCGCUUCCACCCACACCGUCGCCGGCUUCUCCUUUUGCUCGUCGCAACUCCCUAGCAGUUGAUUUUGGUCCUACUCAACGUGUCGUCAGCCUCGGGGAGGCGUCUCAGCAUGCAGAUGAAGAUAUAGAAUUUCCCUCACCUUCUCUGCCCACUUCCCCUUCGACGGAAGUAAGAGACCCCGUUGGAAUUAUAGCCCCGUCCCAGACCCUUGAACCUGUCACCUCAUCAGAUGAUGCACUUCCCCAAGAUAUGGAUACACUGUCACAGGCAGAGCAGGAGCCAGCGGUACUAGAGCUUGGCUUGCAGGCUGACUCUAAUCCAGAGCCUGUGAUAGCAUUGGAUGUCGUGACGUCAUCUCAGUCCUCACCAGAAGUCGUAACCGUCGUGGAGGUGACUUCCGCUAUCGAGCCUGAUCCUCCUUCGGACGAGAAGCCUCAAUCACCAUAUCAUCGCUCACUGUCAUUAGAUGCAUCUGUGAUCGACGCUCAGCCUUCGGAAGUUGUCCUUCCCGACUCGUCUUCAACUAUUUCCCAUUCGCUAGUAGUCGCCCCCAAUGCGGUUACGGAAGAUGACUCGGUAUUGGCUCAUCCCCUGACGUCUACCAUUACCUUGGGAUCCGAUGAUGUCAAUGACAAGGAGCAUGAUGACGUGGCUACAUCAUUACUAGUAUCUCCUCCUACUGAGGAAAGUGGGACCAUCUCUAUCAUCGUGCCUCAUCCAAAGAUCCAAGUACAACCCAGCCUCCCAUCACCUGAUUUAGAGAUAGAGACUACCAAGCCUGAAGUCAAGCGCUCUUUCACGGCUAUAGUGCAUCACAAGGUCACAAAAGUUCCCGCUACCACAGCACCGACUUCAUCCCUUUCCACACCUAUAACACCACAAGUUGCGCGUGUGCGGCGGACGGGGAUCACUAUUGCUGCCGAACCGCUUUCGAGUCCGGCCUAUGGAGAACUCGCCGUCCUGCUAGAAGAAGCAGCAUUGCUUGAGAUGAAACUAACUGAGGGGGAUGGUUCAGACCUGGUAGAGGCCGCGCUUGCCAAAACCCCAACCUUCGACACUUUCGCAACCGACUUCCGAUCCGUAUCUUCCUCGACACUCACAGAACACGUCAAAGCCCCAUCUACGGAACACGUUACAACUCCAUUUGUGGAACACGUUAAAGCUCCAUCUGCGGAGACCGCCUCCCUUUCAGAGCGUUCUGUAUCUAUUCCAUCCAUCCGAGAACCUAACAUGGAUGGGGACAUCCCCGAGGAGGACGAGGGUGACGGGAGGAGUCUGGCUUCUACAUCUGCAUCACAACGGUCUCCUUCACAUAGGAGGUAUCUCUCGAGCAUCAGGCGGCUGACUAGUCGUCGUUCGUCGAACUAUAUGCCUGGGGCGUACCCUCGGGAUAGUAUUUCAACAUCCUCUGAAGACUCCGCCCCGGUCGCAACACCAUCUGAUUAUGGAGAUGGGUCAGGCUUUGGUAUUACAUGGCCAAGUGUAUCUCCGAAGAAAGGCGGUGUGGGAAAGUUUGCGGACAAAUUGUUCAACCGUAACAGAACCAAGUCGAACGUCAGCGUAGUGGAGACAGACCAAGGCUCGAUAUAUAACUCGCCGAAGAGGUCGUUUAUAUUAUCCCAGCCUCCGAGCUCAUCCCCAACUAAAAGCCCUCCAAGUCGCCAUGCUAAUGAAUUACCUAGCUCUCGUCCAUCGCACUGGAUGGUCUCACGGGACUCAUCAUCUUCUCCUGCUCCCAGUAUCCUUGAGAAGGAAAUCUUUGAUGAAUUUCCUUCUGUGCCACAGACGCUUCCUCCGGGCCCGCAUCACCUAUCUCCAGACCUCUCAGGAGUCGCAGUCCAUCAAUCGUCAACUCUCCCGGUCAAGGCUCGGAAACAGUCGCAACAAAGCUGAUCCAUAGUUUGAAGUGCUUCAUCUUGAGUACCGAAGGAGUUAGCUAGCCUCGCUUCGCUCCUCAUGCUGUCAUGGCUUUGCUUUCGUUUGUGUAUUCUUGCUAUCUUUCAGUUUGAACUUUUGCUAGUAAAUUUGUGUUUCGGUGUAUAGCUUUUAUAUGCUUCAAUAUUAAUAUCGUCACGGCACCGGCGCCAGCCCUCGCCUCACUUAUGCCUGACAUGUUUUGUGUCCAUUGAAUUGAAUGCGGACUAGUCUUUCCCAUUUUGUGUUGGCAAAUGACUGCUACCACAUAAUUCUACCAUCAAUGGAUGUUCUUCGACUCCAUCUUGACUCAAUAACCAUUUCCCCUUUUACCAUGCCUUGAA